AUGGGUGACUGGAGUUUUCUGGGGAACAUUCUAGAGGAGGUGAACGAGCACUCGACCGUCAUCGGCCGGGUCUGGCUGACCAUCCUGUUCAUCUUCCGCAUCCUGGUGCUGGGCACGGCGGCCGAGUUUGUCUGGGGCGACGAGCAGUCGGACUUCGUGUGCAACACGCAGCAGCCCGGCUGCGAGAACGUGUGCUACGACGAGGCCUUCCCCAUCUCCCACAUCCGCCUCUGGGUCCUGCAGAUCAUCUUCGUGUCCACGCCGUCGCUAGUGUACGUGGGCCACGCCGUGCACCACGUGCGCAUGGAGGAGAAGCGGAAGGAGCGUGAGGAGGAGGCGGCGGCCCGGAGGCCAGCGGGAGAAGGGGAUCGGUCACCCCCGGUUGGUGGUGGCGGCGGCCAGGGUGACGGGAAGCAGGGGCUGCCCAAGGGCACCAAAAAGUUCCGGCUGGAAGGCACGCUGCUCCACUCCUACAUCUGCCACAUCGUCUUCAAGACGCUGUUUGAGGUGGGCUUCAUUGUGGGCCACUACCUCCUGUACGGCUUCCGGAUCCGACCCCUCUACCGCUGCAACCGCUGGCCCUGCCCCAACAUCGUGGACUGCUUCGUGUCCCGGCCCACCGAGAAGACCAUCUUCAUCCUCUUCAUGCUGGCCGUGGCCUCCGUGGCCCUCUUCCUCAACCUCCUGGAGAUCAGCCACCUGGGCCUCAAGAGGGUCCGGGUGGCCUUCGGCCGGCCGGCCAAUCCCCGGUCCCCGGGGGCCCCCGCCGAGACGUCCGUCCACUCCGUCGCCGUGUCCUCGGUGCAGAAGGCCAAGGGCUACCAGCUCCUGGAGGAGGAGCAGAUCGUGUCCCGGUACUUCCCGCUGACCGACGUCGGGGUGGUGGAGACGGGGGUCCUGGGGGAGCUGGGUCGGGUCUACGCCGAGACCCUCCCUUCCUACGCACAGGUGGGGGGGCAGGAGGUUGCCAGGGAGGAGCAGGAGGAAAAGCCAAGCCCAGGGGAGAAUCAGGGGCUGCGGGAGAAGCCUGGGCUGGGGGAUACACCGGGACUAGGGGAGACACUGGGACUGGAAGAGAAGCUGAGGCUGCAGGAGGAGCUGGGACCCCUCAGCAGGCUCAGCGGGGCCAGCAGCCGGGCCCGGUCGGAUGAUCUGACCGUCUGA